GCUAGUUGUCCGUAGCUAGCGCUUAUUUGCGAUUUGAAUGUCGCCCGUUUUGGAUUAGCCCGCAUCGUUCACGUCAAUAUGAUAAUAACUGCUAAGGUGGUUAGCAUUUGCCUGGGCGUGGCACUCACUGCCUUCACCAUCUCCACAAUCGUGCUGGCCGUGCAGAAGGCGGAUUUGAAGGCGGAUUUGCGCGAUGCACAGGAGAAAUUAGAUCAGCUCGAGGCUGGUUUCACGUCCACCACGGCUGUACCCAGUUCCCCUACUGAGAGCACCACUGUGGAGCCGGGCCCCACAGAACCGCCGGAGAAAAUUGACUAUCGUCUGCCGACCGCAUUGACACCCACAAACUAUGAUCUCUAUUUGUAUCCGAAUAUCGAGACGGGUGAGUUUACGGGCGAGGAGACAAUUAGCAUAACCGUGAACGAGCCUACGGAUAAGAUAGUACUGCAUUCGCUAAACUUGAAUAUCAAAAGUGCGCACGUCUAUCAGGCGAUCGAGCCAACCAUUGCGGUCAAGGACUACGAGUUCGAUGCGGUUCGCGAGUUUCUCAUCAUCCACCUGACCCAGGAUCUGACCAAGGGUGCAACUGUAUUGCUCACCCUCGAGUUUUCCGGCAAUAUGGAAAAUAAAAUUGUUGGUCUGUAUAGCUCGUCCUAUGUAAAGGCCGACGAAAGUCGCAAAAAAAUAGCCACCUCCAAGUUCGAGCCGACCUAUGCCCGCCAGGCGUUCCCCUGCUUCGAUGAGCCCGCCCUGAAGGCCACCUUCGAGAUCACGUUGGUGCAUCCGAAGGACGGCGACUACCAUUCGCUCUCCAACAUGAAUGUGGAGGAUCAGCUGGAGAAGGACACCUACACAGAGGUGCGGUUUGCCAAGAGCGUGCCGAUGAGCACAUACCUCGCGUGCUUCAUUGUCUCCGACUUUAAGUCGAAGACAGUGAAGAUCGAUACGAAGGGCAUUGGCGAGCCCUUCGACAUGGGCGUUUAUGCCACACCCGAACAGAUCGAGAAGGUCGACUUUGCCACGACGGUGGGCAAGGGCGUCAUUGAAUACUACAUCGACUAUUUCCAAAUCGAGUACCCGCUGCCCAAGCUGGAUAUGGCCGCCAUACCCGAUUUCGUGUCGGGCGCCAUGGAGCACUGGGGUCUGGUCACCUAUCGGGAGACCUCGCUGCUGUACGAGGAGGCCACCAGCUCCACGGUGAACAAGCAGCGCGUUGCCAGUGUGAUAGCCCACGAAUUUGCGCACAUGUGGUUCGGUAAUUUAGUUACUAUGCAUUGGUGGAAUGAUUUAUGGCUGAACGAGGGUUUCGCCAGCUUUAUUGAAUAUCUGGGCGUGGAUUCCGUCUUUCCCGAAUGGAAUAUGCGGGAUCAAUUUAUUGUGAGCACUUUGCAUGCAGUGUUCAACCUGGAUGGCACUCUGGGCUCACAUCCCAUCAUUCAGAAGGUUGAGAAUCCCGAUCAGAUAACAGAGAUCUUUGACACCAUUACGUAUUCCAAAGGCUCCUCGCUGGUGCGCAUGUUGGAAGAUUUUCUGGGCGAGACAAUCUUUCGCCGAGCGGUUACCAAUUAUCUCAAUGAAUACAAAUACCAGAACGCCGUAACGGACAACUUCUUUGCCGAGAUUGACAAAUUGGGGCUGGACUUUAAUGUGACGGACAUCAUGCUGACAUGGACGGUGCAGAUGGGUCUGCCGGUAGUCACGAUCACCAAGGUUACCGACACUGAAUACAAAUUGACACAGAAGCGUUUCUUGUCCAAUCCGAAUGACUAUAACGUGGUGCAUGAGCCCUCGGAAUUCAACUAUCGCUGGUCCAUACCCAUCACAUAUACGACCAGCCAAGAUCCCACGGUGAAGCGCGAAUGGUUUUAUCACGAUAAGAGCGAAAUCACUAUAACCGUGCCCACUGCUGUGGAUUGGAUCAAGUUCAAUUACGAUCAAGUGGGCUAUUAUCGGGUCAACUAUGAUCAGUCCCUCUGGGCGUCGCUGGCCAAUCAGAUGGUGGCCAAGCCAGAGGCAUUCAGUGCCGGCGAUCGUGCCUCCCUGUUGAAUGAUGCCUUCGCCCUGGCUGAUGCCACUCAGCUGCCCUACGAGAUUGCCUUCGACAUGACCAAGUACUUGGACAAGGAGGUGGAGUAUGUGCCCUGGAGCGUGGCUGCGUCCAAGCUGACCUCGCUGAAGCACACUCUCUUCUACACCAGCAGCUAUGCCAAGUUCAAGAAAUAUGCCACAGCUCUGAUUGAGCCGAUUUACACGUCGCUCACCUGGACGGUAGGAGAGGAUCAUUUGGAUAACCGCCUACGUGUGACCGCCCUGAGUGCCGCUUGUUCGUUGGGUUUAGAGUCCUGCUUGACAGAGGGCGGUCAGCAGUUCAAGGCCUGGCUUGCCACGCCCGAUAAGCGACCCAAUCCCGAUGUGCGCGAGACUGUCUACUACUAUGGCAUGCAGUCGGUGGGCAACCAGGAGAUUUGGGAUACCGUCUGGGAGCUGUUCGUCAAUGAGGCCGACGCCAGUGAGAAGUCGAAGCUGAUGUAUGGCCUGGCCGCCGUACAGGAGCCUUGGCUGCUGCAGCGCUACAUUGAUCUGGCCUGGAAUGAGGAGUAUGUGCGUGGCCAGGAUUACUUCACUUGCCUGACCUACAUCUCGGCCAAUCCCAUGGGCGAGCCGCUGGUGUGGGACUAUGUGCGCGAGCACUGGCCGCAGCUGGUGGCCCGCUUUGGCCUCAACGAACGCUACUUGGGCAAUCUGAUACCAUCGAUAACGGCGCGAUUCCACACUCAGACCAAGCUCGAGGAAAUGGAACAGUUCUUUGCCAAGUACCCGGAGGCGGGUGCGGGCACAGCAGCACGCGUGCGUGCCCUGGAGACAGUCAAGAACAACAUUGUGUGGCUGGCCGAAAAUCUCGAAAGCGUCGAUGCCUGGCUGGAGCAGCAACAGCGACUGAACUAGCCCCAAGCACCUGACCAACUGGGGCAAUCGUAGUGGACGUGCUCACAAAACAGAGUCACAAAGUUUUUUUUUUAACCAUCGAAUUGCCAUUGUAAAGAUUAGAGAACUGCAGAGAAACACAUAAAUGACAAUAAAGAAAUUUUUCAAAUGGA